AUGUCGGACCUACAAAGUCGUUUGGAGAAGCUGCAGGAGCUUUUGGGCAACGGCGUGAAGCUUGCUGAAACGCCACACGAAGACAACACUGCAGAUGGCCUUGGGAAUAGUUUCGGAAUGGUGAUGGAUGAUGAGUACAUCCGGAAUGAGGAGCGGCUUGCAGCUAGAGAGCAGGCCUCCCAGGAACAGCUGCGAGCCGAUGCUGAUGCCGCCAGACAAGGCCUGCUCAAAAGUAAUAAGGAAAAAGCCUUCGACAACGCUGCUUUUCGCAUCGGCCAGCCCGUUCACAAGGACUUUACUUUCUGUCCGUUCAAGGUCGUCGUGUCGUAUCCCGAACGUUUCAUCGGCAAGGUCAACAAGCCUCGUGCGAAGCCAUUUUUCACUGAAAUUCUCAAGGGCCGAACUUGGGACUUUUUCUAUCUUCAUGACCCGAUGGAGCCAGCCAGAGACCCUUACCUCUUGAUUCCAUCCGCCCAGUUCGAGGUUUUCCUCGAAGAAAUCAAUCUCAAGCUGAACACUUUCCUCAGAAUCCCUGUUGGCCCCAUGAACAAGGACAAGUUCUACAUGAAGUUUGGUGAAGGCGGCACCCCUCGUCCCCGUUACUUGAGGCGAUCUUUGGAUGCAACCUCCCUUGACAUCCGGCCAUGGCCUGCAGUCGACCCCGAAGACAUCAGAUCCUUCGAAGCGGCCUCGACACCGCAAAAGCUCACCUGGAGGUCCAAGAUGCGAAUCGUUAAGUCCGGCUUCGCACCAAAGAGGACGACAGAUCCAGACAAGGCUGCGAAGAAGAAGCGUCACAGGGACCAAAUGCUUCGCAACACACUGGGCUACUUGGGUCUUGUGGGAGACCCGGAUGGCCACGACAUCGUUUUCAUCUGUGUCGACGUUGAAGCAAUUGAACGGAAGCCAAACCCUAUUUCUGAAGUUGGGAUUUCUAUCCUGGACACACGGGACAUCAGAGGCGUUCACCCUAAGGAUGCUGGUCGUGGUUGGUGGCCUAUGAUCAAGACUCAUCAUCUUCGAGUGCAUGAGUAUGCUAGUUUACGAAACUACCAAUUUGUCAAGGGGUGCCCUGACUCUUUUGACUUUGGGAAUAGCGUAUUCCCUUACAAGAACGAGCUUCAAGACGUCAUCAUGAGCAUCUUUAACCCCUAUCUUUCCUCUCAACGGGAAAUUAUCGUCGUUGGGCAUGAUGUGCGACAAGACAUCACCUACUUCAACGAGAUAGGUAUAGAUCUCCGAGCCCUUGCAGGACUGAGAGAGCCUGUCGACACCCAGGACAUCCACCAAGCUUGGUCCAGCUCAACCAAUGGCCGAGGCCUCGUCACCGUACUCAACGAUCUGAGCAUUCCAAACAAGAAUCUGCACAACGCUGGCAACGAUGCCCACUACACGCUCUGCGCUAUGCUGGGAAUUGCGGUGGCAGAGGUCAAUGGGAACGAGCAGCAGAGCAAUGAAAUGCUUAACAAGGUGGACUGA